AUCAGCUCCCCGGGAGGGUCCACCCAGAGCUCGAGAACAAGAGCGUGGCGCCGCAGGCGAUGGACAUGGAGAGCAAGCAGUCCCAGCGCAAGGAUAUCGAUGGCGGCAGGUUCAAGCAGAACGAGGCGACCAUCAAGUAGAUGAUGCACAGGGAGAUCUCGGAUCUGAAAACGGAGCUGGCGGCCGAGGCGGCAGCCAGAGCCGCGGCGGAAUCCGAAGUGAAGCAGUUGCAGCAGCAGGUCGUGACAUUGCACGCCAAGCUGGACAGCAACGUGGCGACGGCCUCCGAGGACAAUGGCAUGGUCGCAGGGCGCGAAACCGAGCUUGAGGCCGUGAGGGCGACACUGACUUCUGCGACCAUGGGCACCGAGCACCGGGCGCAGCAGCGGAAGCUAGACGAGGUCAAGAGCGACGUCGCCGAGGCCUGCCAGCAGGCUCUCGACCUGGCGGAG